CGCAUCUUCGGCAGAUAUAAAAUUUCUAAAUUUGGCAAAAUUUGUAAACACGACAACUAUUUUAAAAUCAAUUUGUGAUUUAGAAAUCAUGGAAAAUAUAUGUUUUAUCGAGCCAAAGCGUGAAAUUUUGUCGCCUAUGGAUAUGCCUAAAUGGAUGAAAUCUCAGGUACAAAAUUAUUAAUAUAUCUCAGAUAGCAAGCCUUGCUCUCAAAUCCCCCCUUUCUAGAAGAAAUUUAUCACGCCCCCUCCCCCCUUCAGCAACGAAACAUGUGUUGAGAUAAAUACAAACAAACGAAAGAAUAUAUUGCAUGUUUAGAUGAUCCUGUAUAUAGCAGUCAGGAUUUUUGCAGAGAUCUUGCUCAUAAUAUAGACUGUAGCAAAACACAAGUUAUACAUACAGGAUGUGUUUCCACUGCUUGUUCCCAACUUGUUGCCAAGUUGCCAACAGCAGCUGUUGAAUUCAACAUGUUAAAAGUUGUUCCAACAACUUGUUGACGUCCUGCAAUAACCCUUUCGAUAAUUACGUCAUUUGGCCUGGGAGCCUCGCUAUCAUGGAUAGUGAGCCAAUCACCUUGCUAAUGAGAGCGAGACUCCAAGACCAAAAUGUGCAUGUGACAUAAUUAUCGAAAGGGUGUAAUGAACAAUUUGUCAACAAGUUGUGAGUGACAACCUUGUAGCAACUUGAUAAAAUAACAGCAUUGUUACAACUUGUCGGCAAGCUUGCUACAAGCCUGUUGCGAACACAUCUUGUUGACAAGUUGUGAGAGUUUUACAUGUGUAUAGGUAGGAUCCUGGCAUGUGUUGCCAAAUGAUGCAUGGUAAUUUUGGCAGCUAGACUGACGAUGAAAAUUUUAUCUACAGGAUAAUUAUAAAAUAUGAAAGAACCUUAACCCAUUGAGUGGCGGCACUCUCCCCCUGACAAGUAAAAUCAUCUGGUGUUAGACAGAGUAAAAUAAUAAAGUAGAAUGCAUCUGGGCACAAUGCCACUAAAAAGGUUAACAGUGACAUUAGAUAGAGUAAAAUAAUAAAGCAGGGUGCAUCAGAGCACAUUGCCACUUAAAAGACUUGCAGACAAAUCAAUGUUAUUUUUUUUUCCAAGGCUUAUCAUGAGUUUGUUGGCUUCAUAAUGGCAUUAAAUAAUGCUGUCAAAGGAAAACCAAUGCAAUGUGAUUAUGUCAGGUCUGAGGUACUGGCUAAUAAUGUAGUGAAGUUUAGAACAAAAGGUGCUUUUAAUUUCAAGUACAGUAUUUACUGUUUCAGGAUAUUGUAUGUUGUCUAUCGUUAUCUGUUGUAAUUUUUCAUCCUAUUAUUUAGAACUGUGAAAAAGUCAUUGAUUUGCUUGAACUUUUGGAUAAGUGGAUUGAUGAGAAUCCAGCUGUUGAUCAGCCAGUUAGGUUUGGGAACACAGCUUAUCGAGACUGGUUUACUAAACUAGAAACAGUAGGUUAUGCAAGUAUGUUUUGUGCGAAUAUGGUUUAAUUUAAUAUUUAGAUGUACACAUGGUGCAUCUAUUUUUAUGAAAUUUAUGAAUUACAAUUUUCUUUUGAGUUAAUUGUUUCAUGGUUGGAUGGGUUAAUUGGUCGGUCAGUUAGUUAGUCUGCCAGCCUGCCCGGUAAGUCAGCCAACUGUCGGUCAUCGGUAGGUGUGUUGGUUGGAAGGCCUGCCAGCCAGUGAGCUGUUGGUUGGUAGGUGGGUUGGUUUGUCAGUCUGCUGUCAGUGGGUUGGAUGGUUGGUAGUCCUGCCAGCCAGUAAACUGCUGGUUGGUCAUCAAUCAUCUGUUGGUUGGAUGGUUCCCAAGUCUGUCUCUCACGUGCAUCGCUAUUCAACCCCUUGAGAGACGGACUUGAACCAAGUCUAGAUAGUUGGUAGGCCUGCCAGGGUUGGCUUAUCAGUCAGUCGAUGGAUGGUAGGUAGGCUUGCAAGCCAGUGAUCUGUUGGUUGGCAGAUAGGUUGGUCGUCCAGCUGUCCACAACUGAAAGAUAUCUACUGUAUUUUCAGGGGAGUGAAGUUAUUUUAAAGGAUUUACUACCAAGCGACAGACCAGAUGCAAUAAUUGAGUUACAAGCAUACUUUAAAGGUCUAUAAUGCAUUACGGUAACUUAUGAGAAAUUUAAAAUCUCAAACUCAGUAUUAAAAUAAGACUCAGUAUUUGUUUAAUCUUUAUCAGAUGGAUUCGGUAAUAAAACAAGGAUUGAUUAUGGCUCAGGUAAUAUAUGCUGCAUUCAAAUCUCAAUUUUAUUAGACUUGACCAUUACAUAGAGGAAAUAUAAUGAAAAUGUUAUAACGUUUGUAUUACAUCUGCGCUUAAUUAAAACAAGUUCUUGAAUUUUUUACGUUUUUCGCAGGUCACGAGGCGUCGUUUGCCGCAUUUCUAUGUUGUCUGUUUAAAUUGAAAGUUCUACACGAAACUGACUACAUCGCGACAGUUUUCACAAUUUUUAAAAGGCAAGUUCACUGAGUUCACUGAGUUCAUUGAAUUUCUCACUCGUUGCAUGGUGAGUGGAUUUCCCACCACUAAGCUAAUUGCCCAAUUAAUAGGGGCUCGAGGUACCUACGAUUUAACGUCCUUAUCUGAGAAGACGCGAAAGUCUAACCAUUUACUGAUGUCAAUGUAAAGAUAGCUCUUUCUCCUCAAUUAUUUUAAGAGCUUGAGUAGAGGUCCGAGCAAGGAUUGAACCCGGCUCUCCCGGCUUGAAAGACAAGCGUGCUGACCACCACACUACAAGUGCUGACAAGCCACAGCCGUUGUUCCCAACUUGUUGACAAGUUGUUACAACAUUGACAACUUGCAGAGUUUUCAGAACUUGCUGACAAGCUGUCUACAUAGCAAAAACACCCAACCAAAAACUGCUGUUCGUGUUUUAGAUAUUUAGAUUUAAUGCGUCGUCUUCAAAGCGUGUAUCGUAUGGAACCAGCAGGCAGCCAUGGAGUGUGGGGUCUGGAUGAUUUUAACUUUUUACCUUUCUUCUGGGGAAGUGCACAAUUGACAGGUGAGGGGGGGGGGGCAUGUCGUAGUUUUCUAAUAUCACUCUACAUGGUUUCUGUAAAGUCUGGUUUACACUAUCAAAGUUUCUGUGAUCACAGUAGCAAUUUUGCAUUGGUAAAUUCUAAGAAAUGUUUGAGGGAAAUAACUCAAGGUUAAAACACAGAGUCAAAGACACCGUCUUUUGUUUUAGAGUGGAUCACCAUGCGCUAGUGUUACACUUAGUGAAACACACCUAACUGGUUUAAUUUUAUUCAUUCUCUAUUUAGAUGAUAACUACAUGUUGAGACCAAGUUCAAUCCCAGACGCCAAAGUUUGUAACGCGAAUAAAAAAGAAUAUCUUUUCUUUGAUUGUAUUAACAACAUUCACCAGGUAAGCUCAUGGACAUCACUGAAGUCUUGUUUACACUAUCAAAGUUUCUGUGAUCACAGUAGGAAUUUUGCAUGGGUAAAUUGUAAGUUUUGAAAGAUUUGAGGGAACUGACUUAAUGUUUAAUACCGAGUCAGUUCCCUCAAUGGACCAUUUGCAUUAUAGACUAAAUUUUGAUCUAGACAAAAAUUUCAUCACAGCUUGAAAGAGCAUCACAAAAUUAGUCAUAUUCCAGAGUUUCGUUGCGAAAUGUUGUAAAAUACGGAUAAUAUAGCCUUGCGAAAUUUCCAAUUUUCAGUCAUUGUCUAUUACAAAUGGGAAAUUGAUGCCCCAACACCCGAUUGGGCGGUCAAUUUCCCGUGCGCAAUACAAAAUGACUGAAAAACGGCAAACUUCGCAUGGCUAUAUUAUCCGCAUUUUACAACAUUUCGCAACGAAACUCUGGAAUAUUACUAAUUUUGUGAUGCUCUUUCAAGCUGUGAUGAAAUUUUGUCUAGAUCAAAAUUUAGUCUAUAAUGCAAAUGGUCCAUUGCCCAAACAUUUCUCACAAAUCCUUCACAACAUACAAUUUACCUAUGCAAAUGUGAUCACAGAAACUUUGUACAAAAAAAACCUCCACAGCCUUAAAUUCUCUAAAUAUUUAGAUGAGAAUAUGAACGUGUUCGUUUAUACCGAAAACCGGUACACACGAUAUUUGUCUCGAACUAAAUGAGAUUAUUAUUCCAUGAUAAUUUACCUUCUAGGAUCCCACCAUAUUCUCUCUUGCAUUUUCUUUCUCCAAUGUCUUCUUAAUCUUUGUUGUUUUCCUUCCAGCGCUUUAUAUACAUCUUCAUCAUCUUAUCUCAUGUAAACAUACACUAAUAUUCAUUAAAUACUGGAACUGUCUGUGUCAACGUAGGUAGUGCAUGACAAUAACUCGAGAAAGCUGCGGACUGAGAAGGAUUCAACUGCCUGCAAAAUACAAGUUAGUCCAGACGAAGGGUUUUAAGGCCCAGACACACCGGACGCGAUUCGACAACGCGGCGCAAAUUUUCAGUUUUUAGAAACAAAUAAAACUGUCAACGGAUAUUUUAUUUUACAAGAUAUGCUGACCAAAUAGGUAAAAUUGCUUAAGUGUUACGAAUAUUUGAAAAACAUAGAAAAAUAUUGAAGUUAAAUGUAAUUGAAAAUUGAAAAUUCGCGUUGCCAAAUCGCGUCCGGUCUUUAUGGACCUUAAGAUCCAGACACACCGGACGCGAUUCGACAACGCGACGCGAUUUUUCGAUUUUCACUCAACGAUAACUUAAUCCGUUAUAACAUUUUGAGUUAUUUGGUCUACACAUCUUUUAAAAUUUGCUCUCAUUGGCUGUUUUAUUAACUUUCAAAAACUAAAAUCGAAUCGCGUCCGGUGUAUAUGAACCUUAACGUGUAUUUUACAGGUCGUUGAAUCCCUCUCAACCCUAAUAAUAAUCCUAAUAUGCGUUGCCUGUAACCCUUACUAGGUAAAAACUGGACCAUUUUUUGAACACUCGAACACUCUAUGGGGAAUCAGUAGUGUGCCAACAUGGACUAAAGUCAAUAGUGGUUUGUUAAAGAUGUACAAAGCAGAGGUCAGUAAUACUUUAUGCACUAUUUACAACAUGAGCGGGCGUGUUGUAUCGGGUUUUAACUAGUACAUAUUUUCACUCUCAUAGGUGCUAUCAAAAUUUCCCGUCAUGCAACAUUUUGUCUUUGGUUCAAUAUUGUCCAUUGAGCCAGUUCCAACAUGAUAGCGAACAUCGCUCAAAUAAUAUCCCAGGCUAUCCCUACAUGUCCCCCAGGAUGACCCUACACGUCCCACGAAGACGCUUGGAAGUGACGAAAUAGCAUUUAUAUCAAACCCAUCUCAGAAUUAAUUUAAUUUCUAUAAUAAGUCUAUUUUAUUUCGUGUAGUGAAAUGUAUAUAUAUAAGAUUAUAAUUAUUGUUAUUAAAGAUUACUUACAACAGACCAAAAAUUUUGGUUUUCCAUUCUUUUAUGGCUAUCUUAUUCUAGUUUUUUCUUUUGCUGCCCCGAUAAUUCGUCUGUGUACCUCAGCGAACUGAUGAAUCAUUGCAUAAUAAUCUGUAACUAUAUCGAUAAUUCAUCUAACAGACACACCCGUUUGCAAGUAUAAAUAUUGUAUCUGCUAACAUGAAAAAAGAGAAAGCGAGAAUCUUACUCAGGUAGCAACAAGAGGUCUAUAACGCCCACAUCAUCUGAAGUGGAGAACAGGCUUAUUAAUAAAUAAAUAACUUGUCUGUAAAGGCCCAUUUAGAAAAAUUUCCACAUAAAGAAAAAUUUCUAAAAAUAUCAACGUCAUGAAAACUUGAAAAUUUUCAACCUCAAAAAUUUUUCCUACGUUAAAUUUGUAUCGGCCAAUCACAUUUUACAAAAAAAUUUCCUAAGUGGAAAUUGCCCUUUAGACGUGAGUUAGCCUGCGCGGCAGGCGGUUUUUACGGUAUUUCCUUUGCCUCCCUACUUUUCGCUGCCUGUAGAAAUACCGCCUGCCACGCAGAAGGGAGUGUGAGCUCUAUAUAUCGAUAUCUUGACGGAUGAGAAUAAGUAUGAAUCUGUCCAAUAUGUGGUAAACAGACGCAUCACACGUCAUGGCGAACUAUCUGACUAGUAUAUGACGUCAUUGUAAGGCACUACCCAGAAUACCUUUCGUGAGAUCAACCUCAAUGGGAAAGACAUCAGCUUGCUUUAAUUCACUAUAACAUUCUUGAUGAUAUUUCGACAUGGCUUGAACAAGACGUUGCAGUUGAAACACGAUAUCUUGAACU